AUGGACCACCAACAGCAGCAGCAGCAGCAGUUCUGCUUGCGGUGGAACAACCAUCAGAACACGUUGAUUUCGGUGUUCGACAGCCUGUUGGAGAGCGGAUCGCUGGUCGACUGCGCCCUGGCCGCCGAGGGACAGUGCAUGAACGCUCACAAAGUCGUCCUGUCCGCCUGCAGCCCCUAUUUCGCGAUGCUGUUAAAUCAACAUUUUGACAAAUAUCCGGUGCUUAUACUUAAAGAUGUAACAUAUCAAGAAUUGCGGUCUAUGAUGGACUAUAUGUAUCGCGGUGAAGUGAACAUUACCCAAGAACAACUUGGAUCAUUCCUGAAAGCUGCAGAAUCAUUGCAAAUUAAAGGAUUGACUGAAAGUAGUGGUCGAUCUGAUCGAAAACUAGAUUCUCGAAAAAAUGCUACCAGAAAUAUUUCACCUGGUCUGCCAAAAAAGUCUGUUACACCUAAAGUUACUGAUGGUGCUUUUGAUCCAUCCAUGACUGUCCCACCACUGCCAACCCCAACACCUAUUGUACCUACUAUACCAAAUACAAAACGACGUAAAUUAGUACAACCAGUAAAGAACUUUAGUAGUCUUGUUGUUUCUCCAGUUAAUCCGAGUCGUACUAAUGCUAAUAGUUUAGACGUUAACAAUACGCCAAAUCCCACUGCACCUAGUUUAGCUGGCGAAGGCAAGGCAAACAUACCAUCUCCUCCAGUCAUUCCUAAACCUGUGGUGGAAUCAGCAAAUGUUCAAGCUGAUGAGAGUAAUCCAGAAAUAAAGUCCGAAGUCAACGGUUUAAUAGUUAGAGAUAAAGAAGAAAAGUCCUGGCCUUCUAGUGGCUCAAUGAGCGAUAUUAAACAUGAAAAAACUGAUACAGAAGAAGAAGCUAGUGAAAGUGAAAAUAAUAUUCAUACUGAUAUGUGUACGACAAGUACAACUGUUAAGGUAGACUUAACAUCCUCACAAAUCAGCAUGACAAAUUUUCGGCCUGAAGAAGGUAUGGAACUUACUGAAUAUGGAGGCAUGAACAUACAACCAAAUAUGCAGGAUCAAGGUUCUUUAUGGUGGAAAAACUUUGAACAAAAUUCCAAAUAUGUACGUACAACUCAAGCAAAUCCAUUCAGUUGUCAACACUGUGGCAAGAGAUACCGAUGGAAGAGUACAUUGAAACGUCAUGAAGUAUUUGAAUGUGGAGGAAAAGAGCCAGUUCAUCGUUGUCCUCACUGUGAAUAUCGCGCCAAACAGAGUGGUAAUCUAAGGGUGCACAUACGCAAGUACCACACUGCGUUAGAGUAAGUUCCUAGAUGCGUCACAACAUCCAAUGUAAAAGUUUUGAGAAGUUGAAGCUCUCUAACUUUUUUUACUUUUAAUUUUUUUUUUAUUAUUAUUAUUAAACAAACCUUCAUAUUUGCUCAUUGUUGUGAUUUCAUGGAAACUUCAUUGAUCAGGGUUCAGUAUUAGCUUCCAAUUUAUUCAAUGAAAUGAAACAAUUAUUUUCCUAAUUCAUUUGAACAAAUAAUUUUAAGGUUCAAUGUCAAUUUGAGUUGACUCUAUUGAUUUUAUUUUAAUUACAGUUUUACAUUUUUAUCCAUUGUGUAUUGUAUAAUGUCCAAAAAUAUUUUUAAACAAUGACUUAAUAUUGUUUCCUAAACAUUGGAAUUUUUAUAUGAAUAAUGUUGUCCUCAUUGUAUGACCAGAUGUUUUUGAAACUAUGUUUUUAUAAAAAAUGUUAUAUGCAUGUGUCUUAUGUUAAGUUGUAUUUUUUUUCUUAUGUAAUUGUAGAACAGUGUGCGUAUUAUUUUAUAUAAUAUUAAUAUUAUGUAUGCAGUAUUUAAGGAUUAACCGCGACACUUGUUCCUAAAAUAGAUAAAUAAUUAAAUGAUAAACUUGAAUCAUUUUAACUUAUAUAUAAGUUUAUUCUCUAGUAUUAAUUAUUUUUAUAAGUUUUAGUACUUAAGCGAAUUUAUCAUUAUGUAAUUACGAAUUUCAAAGCUCAUGAAUUAUUUAACGCAAUGUGAUAAAAUGUUUUUUUUCUUUUUGUAUCAAUGUUUUAUUAUGUAUGUUUUUUUUUUACUGAUAUACCUCACUGUGAGCUUCCAAAGUGCCUUAUGAACAUGUGAUUUUUGAAUUUUUACUUAAACUACAGCAUUCAGAUUAUACUCACGUUUCUAAAACUGUAUGUACAACUAGUGUCUUCCAAAUGUUUGUUGUAUUUUCAGAUGUACCUACAUGUUUUAUUUUUUUUGUAAACAUUUUUUACAUGUGCUUUGUUAUAUGUUAGGUUUGUAUUUUUGUAUGAUGGUUAAAACUAGUUGUCAGUAAACUACCAUAUUUUGCAGAACAAAUUAUUAUUGAACGAAUUCCACGCUGUUGGGAAAAUGAUAUAAAUAGUACAAUAAGAGUGUAGGUAGUUCAUGUUAAAUGAAUUUGCUCACGAAAUCAAGUCUUAGGAUUUUAAAUAUUUUAUAUUGACUGUUAAAUCGCUACGGGUCUUUAUCUUAUGCACCACUAGUUUUAUUUUAAAAAAAACCCCUAUUUUUCCAUGACAAUAAUUUUAUAUUAUAUUUAUGUAUAUAUAUAAUAUAUGUAUUUAAAUAUUUACUUCAUCUGACUGAUUUAGAUCGAUCUGACCAUGUACAAUGUUUAUUAUUGUAUAUUUGUGUUAAUAAUGGGCAUUUUCCUUGAUUUAUAUUAUUUACAAACUACCAACAUACAAUUUUGUUUUAUUAUUUUGUAUACGUCUAUAUUAUGAAUUUUUUGUAAUGGUAAACAGGUUAGAUAUAUGGUAAGUGCCCUAUUUUUUUAUACAUUUUAUAUGAUUUAUACUUAAGACUAAUUUUGUUAACUA